GAGGAUCUCUGGAGAGUUAAAAGAAAGAAAAGUUUAUCUGUUAAAAAGGUCCACCUGACUCGCAGCAUCUGUUACGUCGACCUAGCUGCCCAAGACAGCAACGGUUUUCAUCCAAACAGGGGUGAAGUGCUGAACCCUGCUUUUGUUGGAGAUCAGAGUCCAUGAAUGACUGAAUUCACUGUGGACAAUUUAAUCUACGCAACAACUCAGCAACCCUCUAAGAUGUGUGAUGUUUGAAGGAGUAACUGCAAACAAACCCCUGUAUGUGAGAGGUAUUUUAUAGAAGGCCUCUGCUACAACAGUUCAUCUCUCACCACAAGACUAAAGGUGUGAACCCAUGAACAGGAAGUAAGAACUAAUGCACAAUAAGAUAGGUCACUUUUUGGAGAAAUGAAAACAAAACUUAAUAUGUUUUCUUCUUUUUUUUGCUCUGUGUGUGAUGAGUCAAACAUGUUAAACACUUCCACUGCUCAUAUAUUAGCAGCACAAGCAGAAAUAACACGAGACAUCCAAUCAUGUUACUUUAUUAGCUGCAUCAACAGAGCAACGGAAAUUCAGUCUCUGUGUCUCUGCACCUGUGAUACACGAUGUGUAAGGUCUGACCCUGAGAGGACAAGAUGGAUUCUUUAAAAUGGACUCUGUUUUUGGUGUACCUAAACAUCCACGUUAUUCAAACUGAUAGCUCACCUUGGACAAUUAAGGUGCCAUCCUCAGUUAAAGGUCUCCCUGGAUCCUGUGUGGUGAUCCCCUGCUCAUUUAACUUCCCAAAUCCUUCAGGGAAGACACUCACUGGAUUCACAGGGAUGUGGACUGAUGCAACAAAUCAGAUCUUCUAUCACCCAGAUAAGUCUAAAGUGAUGAAGCAGUAUCAGAAUCGGGCAGAGCUGAUCGGAGACGUUGGGCAGAAGAACUGUUCACUUAAGAUUGAUCCCCUUCAACAAAGUGAUACAGGACCUUUUCAUUUCAGGAUUGAAAUACAAAACUUGGACAAAUAUUCUUACAGAGAGAACACAGUCUCUAUUACAAUGAUGAGUGAACUAAAUCCGAUACAUUUCUCUGUGAAAGAGGAGGUAGUGGAGGGUCAGACUGAGUUUGCGUCUUGCUCUGUGUCUCACUCCUGCCCCUCCUCUCCUCCCGUCUUCACCUGGAAUCACUCUGGAGAGGCACUUUUCCAAGAACAGCAGCUUGAAAAUGGUCAGUGGAAAGCAAAAUCUAAUCUGACCUUCCAUCCCACCAGAGCCGAUCACAACAAGCCUUUACAGUGUACUGUGAGAUACAAGGGAGGGCAGGAGCAUGAAACAUCCAAAGUCCUCAAAGUAAAAUACGCCCCAGUGAAUGUGCGGGUUGAGCACGAGUCAGCUGUAAAGGAAGGAGAAACAGUGCAGCUGACAUGCUCCAGUGAUGCUCACCCUCCUGCCAGCAGCUACGAGUGGUACAAUGAAACUGGUGCUCAACUGCAUCAGGGAAACGUCUUCAGGCUGCCAAAUGUCUCCAGACACCACUCAGGCACCUUGUACUGUACUGCCAUCAAUGAAGUAGGACGAGGCAAUUCAAGCCUUGUGCAGCUCAAUGUGUUAUAUGCUCCUGAGAUUAAGGCUAUAUCCUUCUGCUCCUCAGAGGGAGAUAUGGUAAAGUGUGUGUGCAUUGUUGAGUCCAGGCCUCCCAGCAUGGUCCACUUUGUGCUUUCUGACAGAGUCCUGCCAAGCACCAAGGUAGAGAAACAUGACUCUGUUACCAUCGGGACUCUGCAAGCAGAGCUGGGAUCUUCUGCAUUUGUCCUCUGUCUGGCAAACAAUACGCAGGGCAAUGCCAACGUCACACUCUUUUUACCUGUUAACAACGCCCCAGUGAAUGUGCGGGUUGAGCACGAGUCAGCUGUAAAGGAAGGAGAAACAGUGCAGCUGACGUGCUCCAGUGAUGCUCACCCUCCUGCCAGCAGCUAUGAGUGGUACAAUGAAACUGGUGCUCGACUGCAUCAGGGCAACGUCUUCAGGCUGCCAAAUGUCUCCAGACACCACUCAGGCACCUUGUACUGUACUGCCAUCAAUGAAGUAGGACGAGGCAAUUCAAGCCUUGUGCAGCUCAAUGUGUUAUAUGCUCCUGAGAUUAAGGCUAUAUCCUUCUGCUCCUCAGAGGGAGAUAUGGUAAAGUGUGUGUGCAUUGUUGAGUCCAGGCCUCCCAGCAUGGUCCACUUUGUGCUUUCUGACAGAGUCCUGCCAAGCACCAAGGUAGAGAAACAUGACUCUGUUACCAUCGGGACUCUGCAAGCAGAGCUGGGAUCUUCUGCGUUUGUCCUCUGUCUGGCAAACAAUACGCAGGGCAAUGCCAACGUCACACUCUUUUUACCUGUUAACAACGCCCCAGUGAAUGUGCGGGUUGAGCACGAGUCAGCUGUAAAGGAAGGAGAAACAGUGCAGCUGACGUGCUCCAGUGAUGCUCACCCUCCUGCCAGCAGCUAUGAGUGGUACAAUGAAACUGGUGCUCGACUGCAUCAGGGCAACGUCUUCAGGCUGCCAAAUGUCUCCAGACACCACUCAGGCACCUUGUACUGUACUGCCAUCAAUGAAGUAGGACGAGGCAAUUCAAGCCUUGUGCAGCUCAAUGUGUUAUAUGCUCCUGAGAUUAAGGCUAUAUCCUCCUGCUCCUCAGAGGGAGAUAUGGUAAAGUGUGUGUGCAUUGUUGAGUCCAGGCCUCCCAGCAUGGUCCACUUUGUGCUUUCUGACAGAGUCCUGCCAAGCACCAAGGUAGAGAAACAUGACUCUGUUACCAUCGGGACUCUGCAAGCAGAGCUGGGAUCUUCUGCGUUUGUCCUCUGUCAGGCAAACAAUACGCAGGGCAAUGCCAACGUCACACUCUUUUUACCUGUUAACAACGCCCCAGUGAAUGUGAGGGUUGAGCACGAGUCAGCUGUAAAGGAAGGAGAAACAGUGCAGCUGACGUGCUCCAGUGAUGCUCACCCUCCUGCCAGCAGCUAUGAGUGGUACAAUGAAACUGGUGCUCAACUGUAUCAGGGAAACGUCUUCAGGCUGCCAAAUGUCUCCAGACACCACUCAGGCACCUUGUACUGUACUGCCAUCAAUGAAGUAGGACGAGGCAAUUCAAGCCUUGUGCAGCUCAAUGUGUUAUAUGCUCCUGAGAUUAAGGCUAUAUCCUCCUGCUCCUCAGAGGGAGAUAUGGUAAAGUGUGUGUGCAUUGUUGAGUCCAGGCCUCCCAGCAUGGUCCACUUUGUGCUUUCUGACAGAGUCCUGCCAAGCACCAAGGUAGAGAAACAUGACUCUGUUACCAUCGGGACUCUGCAAGCAGAGCUGGGAUCUUCUGCGUUUGUCCUCUGUCUGGCAAACAAUACGCAGGGCAAUGCCAACGUCACACUCUUUUUACCUGUUAACAGUAGGAUGCAGAGUCUUUAUAUUAUUAUCGCCAUUGGAGCAGGUGCAAUUUUGGUGAUACUUUUAACAGCAGUGGGAGUUGUUAAAAAAUGUAGGGGGAGAUCUGGAGAGGCACCAACAUCGCACAUGAAAACCAUGCAUGCAGAAAAAGAUGUGGAGCUCUCUCAGUAUGCUGCAACAAAAAGAAAAGAGAACUAUGAUGAUGUGCAUUGCCCUGGCAUUUAUGCCAAUGAUCCUGUAUAUGGCAACAUGGAGGCUGACGAUGAUGCAGUAUACGCCAACAUGUAACAUCGUUGAAUUCACUGGAGGAACAAGAAAGUUGUAAAAAAUAUUACUUUUAUCUGUAUAUAACACAUUAUUUUUCUGUCUCUGUUUUCUGUCUGUGUUGUGAUUCACAUACAGUAUAUGAAAAAUGUUAUUCAUGGCUAAAAAUAGCAUUACAAUGAAUGCACUUGUGUUUGCUAUUAAGGACAUUUUAUUUGUGAAGCAUCAAAUCAUAACAGAAGUUAUCUCAGUACACUUUUUAUGUAACCAUCCAAUAACAUGACUGUUUUCUUGCUGAAUAACAAAUGAAGUGCAGAUAAUGUGUGGAACUUUUUGUGAACGUUUUGCUAUUUGAGCAACAUGGUCAUGGUACUUUAAAUCUGCCUGUAUGUAUUAGAACAUGACAGCAGCACUUACGGUUCAUGUACCUUCACAGAUUGUAUUAACGUGUUAAUCAACUAAAACAAUGAAGUGAAAAUAACCUCUGUGUGUUUGGUCAAUGUGGAAAAAGCCUUGGUUUUUUGAAAGUGUGUUCAUGGUAAAUUGACAGGAAGUCAAAGAGGAAGCUGGUCACCAUCAUAGCUGAUAAAAAACUUAAGUGUAAACUGUCACACAUUUCAGAUCUUGAAUAGUCAUACAUUGUCAACGGAAAUUCACUUUGAGAGAUACAGUAUUUCUCAGUUAACAGUCCAAACAUCUGAUCUCACAUUAGUGCACAACUACUGUCAGCCACAGUGUGUAAUGUGCAGAAAUAAUAAAGUUUAACUAGCAGCAAA